AUGGUCGUCGUUUGCUUCAUUCUUCUUCUGUUGCUCAGCCCUGCAUCUAACUCCAUUUCCUUCGACUUCAAAAGCUUUGAGCCAAACAUGGAUGGCAUGGUUUUCCAGGGAGAUGCGUACCCGGCAAAUGGCGCAAUCCAGGUGACGAGGAAUCAGUGCGAUGGCAACCUUACAAGAAGCGUAGGCCGCGCAUCGUACGCGCUGCCUGUACGCAUUUGGGACCGAAAAUCACGGGAGCUGUCGGAUUUCACUACCCAUUUCUCCUUCAUCAUCAACGCGCCUAAUUCGUCAUCGUAUGGCGACGGGCUGGCCUUCUUCCUUGCACCGUUCCACGCCGGAAUCCCUCCCGAUUCCUCUGCGGGAUACCUUGGUCUGUUUAGGAACACAACCCAAAGUCCUGUUCCGAUCCAGCCAAGAACCAAAUUGUGGUGGUUGAAUUCGAACGUUUGA